GGCAGAUCAAUGGCACAUUCCAGCAGCGCUAGCGGCGGAGGCGCGCGCUGGGUCCUGUGGAGCUGCAGGGUUUCCGUGCUGGACUGAAGGACUGAGCAACAUGAAGUGAACAUGGUGGCGCUGGGAGAUCAGGAGCUCAUCGCACAGUUCUGUACACGGUUCUUUCUGAGAGCAGUCCGGGGAUCUGCAGCGGUGUUUUUAAUCAGGUGACCCUUACAGUCAUGAGGGCCUCAUCCUCGCGCUUAUCCAGCUUUUCCUCCAGAGACUCCCUGUGGAGCCGGAUGCCGGAUCAGAUCUCCGUGUCCGAGUUCCUGGCGGAGACCACGGAGGACUACAACUCCCCGACCACCUCCAGCUUCACCACUCGUCUGCAGAGCUGCCGGAACACCGUCAGCGUCCUGGAGGAGGCGCUGGACCAGGACAGGACAGCUUUACAGAAGGUUAAGAAGUCUGUCAAGGCAAUCUACAACUCGGGGCAAGAGCAUGUGCAGAAUGAGGAGAACUAUGGGCAGGCGCUGGACAAGUUUGGCAGUAACUUCAUGAGCCGAGACAGUUCAGACCUGGGAGCCGCCUUCAUCAAGUUCUCCAGCCUGGUUAAAGAGCUCGCUGCUCUCCUCAAAAACCUGCUCCAGAGCCUCAGCCACAAUGUGAUCUUCACCCUGGACUCUCUGCUGAAAGGAGACCUGAAAGGAGUGAAAGGGGAUCUCAAAAAGCCCUUUGACAAGGCCUGGAAGGACUAUGAGGCAAAGUUUACAAAGAUUGAGAAGGAGAAGCGGGAGCACGCCAAGCAGCACGGGAUGAUCCGCACUGAAAUCACUGGAGCUGAGAUCGCGGAGGAGAUGGAGAAGGAGCGCAGGAUUUUUCAGCUGCAGAUGUGUGAGUACCUGAUCAAAGUGAAUGAGAUAAAGACCAAGAAGGGAGUGGAUCUUCUCCAGAACCUCAUAAAGUAUUAUCAUGCACAAUGCAACUUUUUCCAGGAUGGCUUGAAAACUGCCGACAAGAUGAAGCAGUACAUUGAGAAGUUAGCAGCUGAUCUGUAUAACAUAAAGCAAACCCAGGACGAGGAGAAAAAGCAGCUCACUGCUCUCAGAGAUCUCAUCAAGUCCUCCUUGCAACUGGAUCAGAAGGAGGACUCACAGAGCAAGCAGAGUGGCUACAGUAUGCACCAGCUUCAGGGAAAUAAAGAGUUUGGCAGUGAGAAGAAGGGCUAUCUGAUGAAGAAGAGUGAUGGACUCCGGAAGGUAUGGCAGAGAAGGAAGUGUUCGGUGAAGGGUGGCAUCCUGACCAUCUCUCAUGCCACAUCCAACAGGCAGCCAGUUAGACUCAACCUGCUCACCUGCCAAGUUAAACCAGGGGAGGACAAGAAGUGCUUCGACCUGAUCUCCCAUAACCGCACAUAUCAUUUCCAGGCAGAGGAUGAACAGGAGUUUGUAAUAUGGAUCUCAGUGCUGACCAACAGUAAGGAGGAGGCUCUGAACAUGGCCUUCAGGGGAGAGCAAAGCGCUGGAGAUGACAGUCUGGAGGAUCUAACCAAAGCCAUCAUUGAAGAUGUGCUGCGUAUGCCUGGCAACGAAGUGUGCUGCGACUGCGGAGCGCCAGAACCUAAGUGGUUGUCCACUAAUCUGGGCAUCCUGACGUGUAUCGAGUGUUCAGGGAUCCACAGAGAGAUGGGUGUUCAUAUCUCACGCAUCCAGUCCAUGGAACUGGACAAACUAGGCACUUCAGAACUCUUGCUGGCCAAGAACAUUGGGAACAGUAGUUUUAAUGAAGUCCUGGAAGGAAACCUCCCGAGCCCCUCGCCAAAGCCUGCGCCAUCCAGCGACAUGACUGAGAGGAAGGAGUAUAUCAAUGCUAAAUAUGUGGAGCACCGUUUUGCACGGCGGACGGCCACUACGGCCACAGCCAGGCAGGGGGACCUGUACGAGGCGGUGCGGACUCGAGACCUGCUUGGCCUGGUGCAGCUCUAUGCAGAUGGGGUGGAGAUGCUGGAGCCAUUCCCUGAGGCAGGACAGGACCCUGGAGAGACUGCUUUACACUUUGCUGUGCGGACUUCAGACCAGACCUCCCUGCCUCUGGUGGAUUUCCUGGUUCAGAAUAGUGGCCCUCUGGACAGACAGACGGACAGCGGGAACACUGCCCUCCAUUACUGCUGCACCUACGAAAGACCAGAGUGUCUGAAGCUGCUGCUCAGGGGAAAACCUUCUAUUGAUUUAGUCAAUCAGAAUGGGGAGACAGCCUUGGACAUCGCGAGGAGGUUAAAAAACUCACAGUGUGAAGAACCUCUGGUGGAGGCAGCAGCUGGGAAGUUCAACCCUCAUGUCCACGUGGAGUACGACUGGAACCUGCGGCUGGAGGAGAUUGAUGAGAGUGAUGAUGACCUGGAUGACAAGCAACCGAGCCCAGUGAAGAAGGAGCGUUCUCCACGGCCACAGAGCUUCUGCCACUCGUCCAGUGUCUCCCCCCAGGAGAAGCUGUCCUUGCCUGGUUACCUGGGUCACAGAGACAAACAGCGGCUCUCCUACGGAGCCUUCGCCAACCCUGUCUACAGUACCUCCACUGAUCAGCCAUCCUCGCCCGGCGCUGACGGCCCCGCGGUGGCCAGCAAGAGCAUCGCCAAAGCUCCCUCCACUGGCCCUCCCACCUCCCUCCCUCUGGGCUCCCAGACAUGUACAAGCGGCAGCUCCACCCUGUCCAAGAAGAGAGCUCCUCCUCCUCCUCCAGGAGGCCACAAGCGCACACUCUCAGACCCUCCCAGCCCUGUGCUCCAGGGUCCACAGUGCAAAGGAAGCGAGUUGACUCCUCCACCUGCGAAUAGGACAUCCCCUGCUAAUAAAUUUGAAGGAAUUCAGCAGCAGCAAAGCACUACUUCUAGUCAUACUAAAUCAACACUCGGGCCAAGAGUCUUACCCAAACUACCUCAAAAAGUGGCAUUACGAAAGACUCCAGUCAAUGCCCCUUCAGUGGAUAAGACCAAUCAAGGCCCUGAGGUGCUGCAGAAGCCCAGCCAGAGUGUAGACACGCCUACCAGAGUUUCAGACAUACCCAACCGAGCUUCAGACACGCCUAUAAGAGCCUCAGACACAAUCACCAGACCCACAGAGCCUCCGCCCAAAAUACCACAGGCGGCAGAGAGGCCCCAGCCUGGCGAGAUUCCACCCAAGCCACACGUCUUAGACCUGCCCCCCAAGCCGCAGCUGUCCGACCUUCCCCCAAAACCGCAGUUAUCUGAAUUACCCCCCAAACCCCAGCUUUCUGAUCUGCCACCCAAACCUCAACUGAAGGACCUCCCGCCUAAGCCACAGCUCUCUGACCUCGCCUCCAAACCCCCGGCACCCACGGCCACAGAGCCGGCACAGAAACAGCCAACUCAAGAGGAGCUUUCUCCCAAACCGCAGCUGUCUGAGGGACAGACCUCCAGCCAGCAGGGGGAGCUCUCACCCAGACAGGCCAGCGAGGACACUAAUGGUGCACCGGCGGGUGCUGUAGAGAUGCCUGUUCCUUUGCCACGCAAGAUCAACAUGGGGAAGAGCAAAAUGAAGAGGGUUAAGACCAUCUACGAUUGCCAAGCAGACAACGAUGACGAGCUGACGUUCGCUGAGGGAGAGGUCAUCGUUGUCACUGGAGAAGAGGACCAGGAGUGGUGGAUCGGGCACAUAGAGGGUCAACCUGAGAGAAAAGGAGUCUUCCCCAUGUCCUUUGUGCACAUUCUGUCUGACUGACAUCAUGACUGGCAGGUGUGAGGCCACUCCCACUAGCACAAACCACGCCCCUCGCCUCUCACCGGACUGUGGGGCUCCUUCCACCUCCUCUUCCUCCUUCUCUGUAUAUAGCUGCUGUAACCCAACCAAAUCGCAAGAACCCGAACAGAAGAGAAAAUACAGAAAAAUAUAUAUAGGAUCAUAUGCACACUCUCGGAAACAAAGGGUAAUAUCCGUACAGUACCUGUCGUUAAGAAACCGCAUUAUCCUGCCUACCAGUAUUACCGUAGCCAUGGCGGCCCAGCAUGCUGACCUGGGUCUGCAGUAGCUAUCCUCGGAAAAAAAAACGAAACAAAAACUAGCACUUAACAUUCUUCUCAGUGUAUGCUGUAACUUUGUGUAUGUGUGUGCACAUAUGGAAUUAUAUGUAUGUCCAUAUUACAUGUGUCUAUGUACAUACAUAUGCACAGAUGUAAGUGUAUAUUUAUGUACUUAUGUAUGAUGUAAGUGUGCAAAAAAAACGUAUGUUAACCCCCCCUGCUUGCUUAUGGAGCUCUAACACAUUUUAGCUUAGCGUUAGCAUUCGUUUUCAGAAGAGUCAUCUCUCGGAGUCCUGGAACGACUUUGACGGACGGAGAGAAUAGUGAUGAAGGUUUUUACUGAAUAUCGUAUCAGUGUUGAUAGACAUACAGUGGCAUGAUGAUGACCAGAGACUUUAAUGGUUGUAGACCUCACAGCAUCUCAUCUCUCAUCUAUGCAUACAACGAACGUAACUCAGUUUAGAGAAUUGAGUUUAGGUUGCUUGCUUGUCAUGGCGCAUCAUACUGAAAAAAAAAAAGAAGAAAAAACAGAAGGAAGGAAAACGGGAGCGCAGUCAUCACCUUGUCUCAUAGCUUUCAGUACUGUGGUAAAGACUCACCUCCAGCUCCACAGGAGGACACCUGGUGUUAUUGGUCAGUGUCCUAGUCCACACUACACACUACACUCUCGCCUAAGCCAGUGUUGCUGAGCUUUGGGAAAGUGUCCUUGUCCCUCUGGGUCGUGGCGAAUAGCAUGAGUACUACACCUGGUGUACCUGCUCUUCUGCCCGAUCCAUCUAAAGCCAUUUGUCCUGACCUUUUCCCGCCUCACGUAUGGAAAGGAAGGAAACUGGUUAGAACGGCUAGACAGUGGACCUGCACACGAUGACCAGCACUGGUAAUACAGGUUCAGGAUGCAAAUCUUUUUUUAAUCGUCUACUUAACAGUAACCGUGGAAUGUGACUUUCGUUUUUAUUAGUUUGUUUGUACGGUUGUUUGUUUGUUUGUUUGUUUUUGUUUGAAUUUGAAAUCAGGAGAACAAAGCAAUGAGUGACUGGCUCAGUAACACGGCUCAGAAUGAACUUAACGCUUAACGCCUCCUGAGCUUUCCUCAACCAGGGAGACCAGCUUUCACUCUAGGGUUUUUAAUGUAUUGUCGUAUUAACAGAAGGCGGUGUGUAUUAAUGAACGCCUGCUGUACUAAUUUGCUGUUGAUAGUAUUUGCCACUUAUAGGGCUACAGUAUGUCAGUAUGAAAAGGGAUCGGUCGCAUCCCUUCGAGUGUAUAGGGAAUAAAUGAAUUUUCAUUUGUCUUUAGGACAUGUUACUAAAUGCAUUAGCUAUAACUGGGGUAAACCACAAAAAGACUUAAGAUCUCAGCACAAGCGAAACCAGUGACACUCCAUAAACUACGCAAAACCAACCACUGAUGCACCAUUCCUGUACUGUGUAGUUUUAACCCCCCCAUGAUGAGUCUGUUACUUGGACCAAAAAAAAAAAGAAAAAGUGUGAAAUUCUUGUUUAGAUAGGAGACAUUUCAUGUAGUCUUGGGUAAUCCAUUAACAGGUGAUAGUCUUGUGUUGCCGGCUUUUGUAUCACAGACUACAAAAAGCUCAGCUGAAGUUGGGGAAACUCUGUAAAUGGCAGCUUCACAUGUUCUGUCAGAACUGGAUGAGCUAAUAACGGACCAUUUUAAACUGUAUUUUCGCCACUCAUUCCCUUCGGUUUUCGUCUUGUGUUUUUGCUGCACUGUAAGUUUAGUCAGAAGAAACAACUUCGCAAUCUAUGAAUAAAUAUUUUACGUUGAAA